GCUUGCUUGUUUGUUGUGAAAACUCGGUAUAUGCAUAAUUGAUGAUGAUGGAGUCGUCGGAGUGUGGGAGAAUGGCGGUGAUGGAAUUUCCGGCGAGUGAAACGCCGUCGUUUUCGCGCGUGCCGAGGAGGAUUCGUAAGAGGCUUCUCUCGGAGAGCAAGACUCCCACUUUGGAAGAAAUAGAAGCCAAGCUUCGACACGCCGAUCUUCGUAGACAGCAAUUCAUUGAAAGUGUGUCAAGCAAGGCAAGAUCAAAGCCAAGAAGCCCUUCUAGAUCCUCAUCAAAUGAGGAAGACCCCGGUCAGCGCCUUGAAGCAAGGCUCCAAGCUGCCAAGCAGAAAAGGUUCGACAUACUGGCAAAGGCUCAGAUGCGCCUAGCCAAGUUGAAUGAGUUGCGGCAAGCAGCAAAAACUAGUGUAGAAAAGCGUAUUGAGAAGGAACGUGAGAAGCUUGGCACAAAGGUUGAAUCACGGUUUCAGCAGGCAGAGGCAAAUAGAAUGCUUAUCCUGAAGACCUACAGUCAGCGAAGGGCAACUCUAAACGAGAGGUCAUCACAGUCAUUGUCACGAAGGAUGGUUAGAGAAAGUAAAUACAAGGAACAUGUGCGUACUGCUAUUCAUCAAAAGCGUGUGGCUGCUGAGAAAAAAAGACUGUCACUGCUGGAAGCAGAGAAGAGGAAAGCCUGUGCUAGGUUUCUGCAAGCUCGACGAGUGGGUAAGUCUAUCUCACAUCAACGUGAGAUUGAGAGGAGGAGAAUGAGAGACCAGUUGGAAGACAAACUGCAAAGGGCAAGGAGACAAAGAGCAGAGUACUUGAGGCAGAGAGGAAGGACACAUAAAUCUAUUCAAGUGAAUUAUAGGGGGAUGCACAAGCAAGCCGACUUGCUUUCUAGAAAACUAGCAAGGUGCUGGAGGCGCUUCCUAAGGCAGAGGAAAACUACUUUAGACUUGGCAAAAGCCUUUUAUUCCUUGAAAAUUAAUACGACAUCUGUUAAGUCGAUGCCAUUUGAGCAACUUGCCCUUCUGAUUGAAUCAGUGGCUACCCUUCAAACUGUGAAAGCUUUGCUUGAUCGUAUUGAGUGCCGCGUUAAGGCCUCUAGGGUUGGUGCUGCUGCCACUCAUCUAUCCAGUUUGGAUAACAUUGAUCAUCUUCUCAAUAGAGUUGCUACUCCAAAGAGAAAGACCACUCCCAGGACUUAUAUGAGAAGCAGAGAGGGCAAGAGAGUUGCCUCAGUGAGGGAGACUGCCAAAAGUCUUGCUAAAUUAUCAAGAUAUCCCGUCAGGAUCGUUCUUUGUGCAUACAUGAUAUUGGGCCAUCCUGAUGCGGUUUUAAGUGGCCAGGGGGAGAGAGAGGUUGCUUUGGCCAAGUCUGCAGAAGCAUUUGUUCAAGAGUUUGAGUUGUUGAUAAAGAUUAUUUUAGAGCGUCCUAUACAAAAUUCUGAUAAAGAAUCUCGAUGUGCAUUGCCCAGACGUUUGACCUUUAGGUCACAGCUGACAGCAUUUGACAAAGUAUGGUGCUCCUACCUGAAUUGCUUUGUGGUGUGGAAGGUUAAGGAUGCUCAGUUAUUGGAGGAGGACUUGGUAAGAGCGGCAUGCCAGCUUGAGAUCUCUAUGAUUCGAAAGUGUAAGAUGACUCCAGAAGGAGUUAAUACUGCUCUUACUCAUGAUAUGAAGGCUAUUCAAAGACAGGUUGUGGAAGAUCAAAAACUUUUAAGAGAGAAAGUCCAACAUUUGAGUGGAGAUGCUGGGAUUGAAAGAAUGGAAUGUGCAUUAUCUGAAACUCGGACUAACUUUUUUCAAGCGAAGGAAAGUGGGAGCCCGAUGGGGUCACCACUUACGUCCUUCGUGUCUCCAAAUACCCAUGGUUCCCCUAGAUCUUUGACUGCUCAAAAGGAUGGUAGAAGUGGUUUGACUCAGACACCAAACUGUGUUGUCCGCUCUCUGUUUAAGGAAAAUGGCACAUCCCCUUCUAAAAUUUGCGAUUCCUCUGUGUCUAGUAGCAGCAGCCAUUCAGAUGCGCAGUUGGGUUCUUCUGUUGAAAAGUCUAUAGUCACAGAGAAUGAAUUGAUUGUUAAUGAAUUUCUUCAUGGGCAGGAUGGGUUUGUUGAUAACUUCAGUGCCAUUGAAGAAGAUAAAAACAGCAUAAAGGUAAAGGUGAAAGAAAUGAUGGAGAAGGUUUUCUGGGACAGGAUCAUGGAAUCCAUGCAACAGGAUGAGCCUGAUUUUGACCGAGUUAUUGAGCUUGUGAGGGAAGUGAGGGAUGAAAUUUGUGAGUUGGCUCCUCGCAGUUGGAGAGAAGAAAUAACUGAUGCUAUUGAUCUGGAAAUACUCUCCCAGGUGCUGAAGUCAGGCAAUCUGGACAUUGCCUAUCUUGGAAGGAUUCUGGAAUUUGCAUUGAUCACUUUACAGAAGCUCUCCUCUCCAGCCAAUGAUGGUGAAAUCAAGGCUGGUAACCAGAGGCUAUUGAAAGAGUUAGCUGAGAUCUGUGAAGCCAGAGAGAACUCAGCCCUUGCAAUGGUCAAGGGUCUACGUUUUGUCCUAGAGCAGAUUCAGGUUCUUAAGCUAGAGAUAAGCAAAGCUCGUAUAAGGAUGAUGGAGCCAUUGUUAAAGGGACCCGCUGCUUUGGAUUACCUUACGAAAGGUUUUGCUAACCGUUACGGGUCGCCUUCUGAUGCAAACUCAUUUUUACCCUUGACCAUGUCGUGGUUUUCGUCUAUCUGGAACUGUAAAGAUCAAGAGUGGGGGGAACACCAAAAUUCUCUUUCAACUUUGAAGGCAAACGGUAGUUCAUCUCAGGAGCUUCUUACUUCCAUCACGCUUAAAACUGGUGGAAACUAUAAUUCCGGAAAUGCAAGCCUGAUGACAUCUGUUGACCCUAAUGCUUCUAAUUUUACAGGUCAUGAACAGCCAGAGUGCAAGGGAGAGAGAGUUGAUGUACUGGUUAGGCUCGGUUUGCUAAAGUUAGUAAGCGAAGUUUCUGGUCUAAGACCAGAUGCUUUGCCCGAAUCCUUCACACUUAACUUCUCGAGAUUGAGGGGCGUCCAGGCUGAGAUUCAGAAGAUCAUUGUAGUAUCCACAAGCAUUCUUAUUUUUAGGCAACUCCUCUCGAGCGAGAAAGUAAUAGCUAGCUCCGCUGACAAGGAAAAGAUAACAUCAAAUUGUGCCGAACGGCUUUUCAAGUUCUUAGACCGUGUUGAAGAUGCAGGGAUCGAAGGGAUUGUUGAAACAAUCAGUGGCAUCUCAAGAGAUGACGACAGAGUAACAGAUGACAAGAUCCUUCAAACGAGGAAGGCUACCAUGGCGAGGAUGCUAGAAAAGGGCUUGCAAGCUGGGGAUGAAGUGUUCGAAAGGGUAUCCCGCGCUGUUUAUUUAGCUUUUAGAGGGAUUGUGCUUGGGGGGAGCGGUACCCACGGUAGACAGUUAGCAGAAAUGGCACUCCGUCGAGUCGGGGCUGGCUCCCUAACAAAACGGGUCGUGAAAGAAGCUGAGGUGUUGGUGGUUGCCGCAACAGUGUCUAUCCGCGUCCACAGGCCGUGGUAUGCGACCUUGAUUGGUAGCUUGUGAGAUUUGUGAUAAUGGCAGUUUAUGUAAAAUGUAAUUAAUGUGUGAUAAAAGGGUGCAUUAAUUAAUUAUGACGGACAAAGUAUGCUAGAUGGAUUUAGUCGAUUCCUAUGGUCGUUCAUGUGAAUAGUAUUUAGGUUAAUGGAAAGAAGGGAUUGCCUUGGCUUUUCUUUCUUUCACUGGGAAAGCCAAAUGUAAUAAUAAUGUGAUUUUUCAUUUAAAA